UCUCUGCUUACGCUUUCAUACACGGUUUUGGAGGGUUUGGGAUAACAUCAGUUUUUUUUUGUGCUUUUCGAGCAGAUAUCCACAAAGAAACUAUGGAUUCUGUAGGAGCUUUGCUUUGUAUCUGCGUAUUAAUCGGCACCGCUUCCGGGCAAGGUGAUUCGAUGGGAAGCUAUGGUCCCUCGAGUAUGCCAAGAGGAGGUCCACACAUGGGUAUGUCAAGAGGAUUCCUGUCGACGGGCUAUCCUUCCUAUGGGUCUGGCUUUGACACUGGAGGAAUGGGUUUCAGAGGUGGGCCACCAGGAUAUAGGUCCGGUUUCAGUCGAGGGAUGGGCGGUUCAAUUGACAGCUUUACCGGAUACAGACCGUAUCAUAGCGGUGGAUUCGGUGCCAGCGGAGUCUCUGGAGGAAUGGGUGGUCCUAGAUAUGGUAUGGUAGGCCCGAGUUAUGGACCAAGCGGUCCCGGGUAUUCGUCAAUGGGUUCCGGAUAUGGGUCAAUCGGUCCCGGCUACGGGUCAAUGGGUCCUGGAUAUGGACCGAUGGGUCCCGGAUAUGGUUCAAUGGGUCCCGGAUAUGGAUCAAUGGGUCACGGGUACGGACCGAUGGGUUACGGGUAUGGACCAAUGGGUCCAGCUCCAAUGAGGCCACCUAGUCCUGGUCCUUAUUAUGGAAGUGGUGCAGCAUACUCGGGUAUGCCGUCAGGUGCCGGAUAUUCGGGAAUGAUGCCAGGAUAUAGUAGAACUGGAGGCAUGUCUAGCGGAUCAGAGGGAUUUAGGAUGAGAUCAGGUUACAUGGGCAGUGGUGACUUCUCUUCAGGCGGGUCUAGAGGAAUGGGCGGCGGUGAAUUCUCACGUAGUUCUAGUGGAAUGGGUGGUACAGAAUAUCCAAGCGGUUCCCGUGGAAUGAGUGGUGAGGGCGGAGGGAUACGGUCGAUGGGUGGGGGUUCUGAUCGCAUAAUGGGCGAAAGAAUGAGUCCGAUGGGUGAUGGUCGGGGAAGUGAAGGUGGAGGAACUGGUUCGAUAAGUGGUAGGUCUGACCGCAUGAUGGGCGGAAGAAUGGACAGCAGAAUAAGUGCAAUGGGUGGUAGUAUGGGUGAUGUGGGCGGAGGAAUGCGGUCGAUGGGUAGAGGUUCUGAUCGCAUGAUGGGCGGAGGAAUGGAUAGCAGAAUGAGUGCAAUGGAUGGUAGUAUGGGUGAUGUGGACGGAGGAAUGCGGCCGAUGGGUAGUGGUUUAGAUCGCAUGAUGGGCGGAAGAAUGGAUAGCAGAAUGAGUGCAAUGGAUGGUAGUAUGGGUGAUGUGGGCGGAGGAAUGCGGCCGAUGGGUAGUGGUUCUGAUCGCAUGAUGGGCGGAAGAAUGGAUAGCAGAAUGAGUGCAAUGGAUGGUAGUAUGGGUGAUGUGGGCGGAGGAAUGCGGCCGAUGGGUAGUGGUUCUGAUCGCAUGAUGGGCGGAGGAAUGGAUAGCAGAAUGAGUGCAAUGGAUGGUAGUAUGGGUGAUGUGGGCGGAGGAAUGCGGCCGAUGAGUAGUGGUUCAGAUCGCAUGAUGGACGGAAGAAUGCAUAGCAGAAUGAGUGCAAUGGGUGGUAGUAUGGGUGAUGUGGGCGGAGGAAUGCGGCCGAUGGGUAGUGGUUCUGACCGCAUGAUGGGCGGAAGAAUGGAUAGCAGAAUGAGUGCAAUGGGUGGUAGUAUGGGUGAUGUGGGCGGAGGAAUGCGGCCGAUGGGUGGUGGUUCUGAUCGCAUGAUGGGCGGAGGAAUGGAUAGCAGAAUGAGUGCAAUGGAUGGUAGUAUGGCGGAUUUGGGCGGAGGAUUGCGGCCGAUGGGAAGUGGUUUAGAUCGCAUGAUGGGCGGAAAAAUGGAUAGCAGAAUGAGUGCAAUGGGUGGUAGUCCGGGAGGAAUCGGUUCGGCCAAUGGUGGAAUUAGUUCAACUGUUGAUUCGAGUGGUAUAGUUAGAGGAAUUGAAAAAGCUGGUGAUGGACGACGUGGCUUUAUAGAAAGAGAAAUGCACCAUGUUGAUGUUAGCCCAAUUACGGGCGCUGGUGGCGAUGCCGGUAUGGGACUUAUGGUUAGAGGAUUAGGCGCUGAUCGAACAUAAAUUAAUGCUAUCCAAGGGCGUGAUACGAGCUCCAUGUCUGGUGUAUCAAGCUCAUUUAUGGUCAUGCCAGGUGGGGAUUCUUCUGCUAUACGCACGAUCUAGUGAUCCAAAUAAACACUUUAGCGACUCUUCUCUAUUUUAAUAUAUAUAAUUGGGAAUGUACUAUUCGCUGAACUGAAGGAAAGUGGUGAAUUUUGCAUAUAGUGCUUAACUUUAGAUUACCCUAUGAUAUCAUAUUUACUUCGCAUGUACAAGGUUAAAGGCAAACUAUAUAUGCCACUAUGUUUAUAAAAACUUGACUGUACAGACGUGAUAAAUAAGGAUGUGUUAACGGAGUGUUACAUUUACUUCAUAUUUGUUUUUUUUCUUUUUCAAAUCAAGGACUUAUGAUUAAUGUCUGCUCUACAUUAAAUAUUUGUGUGUACGUUGUGUUUACAUUCCUGUCGUUUGGCCUAUUUUGAGCAUAUAUUCUUUUAUGACUUCCAUUUUGUACGAAAAUCAAGGUAUUUUUGGUACAUAAUGACGGUCGAAAGAUUCAAGAUUCAAGAAAUUUUAUUAAGGCAAAAACAUACGAUAUGUUAAUUUCCGAUCAUGGAAUAAACAUUGUAAUACGACGGCACAAAACAGGGUUUAAAAAGUUAAAUGAAACUAUGUAUGAUAAUAAAGAACUGCUUAAGUCUUAUCACAACUUCCCUUUAGCACGUUCUACAUUUCGGAGAAUAUCUCGAGGUAAACAAAGUGAGUAAGGAUUACUGGAUUCUUGCUUUAUGAGCGUUAGAAAAGCAAAUCUAUUAGGAAAUAAUGAAUCACUGUGCAGAAUGAAUGCCUUUAAUGGAAUAUUUGUUUUACUUUUUUCUGCAUUGUCAGAGAAAGUAUGGAUAUAAUGUAAUGUUAAUUGUAAGUGAAUGUUUUCCUUCGUUUUAAGUUCAUAGUAAAGUGGCCAGAAGACGGAUGUGUGCCAUUAGACAGUUGUUUACUGUAAUAACUUUAUGUAAAUUUAAUAAGAAAAAUAUUUUUUCAAUUAAAAGUGCUUGUUUAUCUGAAAAAAAUUGUUUGUAUAUCUCGCAGUGAGUAAAAAUGAUUUGGUAUUGCCAUACCUAAAAUCACUGAGGCGAGAGAAAAAUGUAAAACACGUUUUGAUUGGCUGCACACUAAAUCUCAUAAAAUCACGUUUUUGGCGGUAACUUAUAAUAAACAUGUCCUUUGACAGAUUUUCUUCAACAGAGAAACAUGUAGUUUUUCAACUACAACAUUCUUCUGAACUUUUACAGCUAAUUACAUCUCAGGUAAAUUGUCCUGUCCCUUGUUCAUGAAUUGGUUGAAGACGUACGCUAGAAUUCAUUGUUUAUGAUCAUAGAUGGGCGAAAUUUUUCCAUAUAACAGAAUUUCUUCAUACUUUGGAUAUUGAAGGGCAAUCAUCUAAGGAACAAAAAUAUGCAAUAAAAAUCAUAGGUCACCGGUAUUGAAAACGAGUUGUCUGCCCUUGAAAACGCAUUUUAGACCAAUUUUCAUGAAUUAUCACUGCAGCUGUUUUCCCAGUUUGUCAAUUGUUUUUAUAGGAAAAUAUUAAUUUCUUCUAAGUAAAUUUACAUUUGCAACUUUCUUUGCUAAUUAACUGCUUUUAUUUUGUUUUAUGUUGUUAUAGCUUAUGCUUGUCUUUGUUUGCUUGCAAGACACCCUGCACUUCUGCAUUCUGCAUAAUCUAUAUUCCUACAAUUGAAUUAAAUAACUAAGAACCCAG